AUGUCCAAGAGGGUGAUUCACAGGUUUUCGAAAGAAGAAGACAACAAGAUAAUCGAAGAAGUUAAGAAGCAUGGUGACAAUAUAAUGUCAGCAAUUGACUUACUUGAAAAAAAGCUAAGUGCUCACCAUUCAAGAAGAUCAAUUGUGGAAAGAUUCAAGGGUUUCCUCAGUCAAAAUAGAGACGAAUGGACAGCUGACGAAGACAAACUGAUUUUAGAUUAUAAUAAAAAGUAUGGAAAUAAAUGGUCUUUUAUAUCAAAAUUCCUCAAAAAUAGAUCGGGAGAUCAAGUUAAAAUUCGCCACAAACAACUUACUAAAGUAAAAGAAACAAUUUCUACUCAAGAAAAUUCAAAUUCAGGGAAUAAUACUACUGAAAGAGGCCAAAAUGAUUGCAAUACAGACAUUUGGGUAAGUAUUAUGGCUGAUGCUGAGUUGGAUGAAGAACAAAUAAAUAAAAUGUUUGCAUGA